GUUUUUUAGGAACUGCAGGAAGAAAGUAUUUUGCCAAAAAAGAGACGCAGGCCUCCACCCCACCGAAAACCUUUGCCGGUCAAAAGAAAACUUGCACAAAUGACAGAGGAGGAACAACUGGCUUUGGCAGUACAAAUGAGUCAACAGGAGCAGGCAAAACCUGAAGGAUACACCCAAGAAGAAGAGGAUGAGCUGAUAAAGAAAGCCAUUGAAGAAAGUCUUCAUAGCUGUCAAGUUCCUGAUAUUCUCGUUAGUGCCACAAAAGAUGAGUUAACCAGUGGAGCAUCUUCAAGUCAUGAAUACUGUGAAAAAGAACCACAUUCCUCCAAGGAGUCUAAACCUUCAGGUGAAAUCUCAGCAAAAAGCCCAGUUGUGCGUUUGCAACGUUUAAGUCAAGAUAUUGUGGAAAGCUCGAGUGUCAUCUUGUCUCCUAACUGCAAGGAUCCUAUUUCAUGCAUUGAAAACUGUCUACAGUCUGCUCUGUCUCCAUGUACCAGUAGCAACUUUGUAAAAGCCUCCCCUGCUAAAGAACUUGCAUUAAGCCCCGUUUUUCCAAAGAAGUCCCCACGUCCAUGCAAACUGAUUCCUUGCAGACUGUUUCAGGAAAUAAGCCCAAGUGUUGACAGGCCAGUAGAUGACCUAGAUGACCAAUGCACACACUGCUCAGAGAGUCCCCAGAUAGACUCCUUGUCUAUGUUGCCUACCUCAUGCUCCCAAGGAGAAAGUUUAUAUCAAAAUGACUGCGGGAAGACAGAGACUUUUCAUACUGACAAAGCCAAAAAAUUGGACUGUGAGAAGGGCAUUGAAAGCUCUGAUUGUAGGGCAGGCAAGACGAAUCAAAGUGGAGGCACGGUUCACUAUUACUGGGGUGUUCCCUUCUGCCCGAAAGGUGUGGAUCCUAGUGAAUACACCAAAGUCAUACUAUGCCAACUUGAAGUGUACCAGAAGAGCUUGAAAAGUGCUCAGAGACAACUUUUGCACAAAAUGGAUUAUGGCCAACCGAUCCAUCUUACAGCUUCAAGUCGAAAAUAUUUCAAAGAGGACACUCAAGGCAGCGUCAGCCAAGAAGAUACCGAGGAGUGCGUAGCUGAGGACAACACACAGAAACCUGACGAAGAUGAGACAGAGCGUGAUGAUAAUUCUGACAGCCAAGAAACACAGUACCUAUCAAGUAAAAGGCAGAAGAUUUCUCAGAGUCCGGCACAGACGGGCCUGGAAAAUGACCAUUGCUCUUCAUCUCAGGAUGAGAACGAUAGCGUGAAGAUGCCGUUUACCCAGCUGCAGCCAAGUGAAUGUGCAGGAGUAGCUCCAGUGGCACCGGGGGAGAGUGCUGUUUCACCAACUGCUGUGAGGAAUGACAGACACCUUAAAGAGCACCCUGACAUUGCCCAGGAAGAAGAGAUUACAGUCUGCCCAGAAACACAGCCUUGUCCAGCUAAGCAGGAGGAAUCUGACAAAGAGGAUCAAACUGAUAUAAUGGAGAACAGCUCAGAUCCCCAGGUCAGUAAUUCAUCUGAUGAAGACUUAAUUUGUCUGAAUAAAGUAUACAAAAAUGUGGCGUGUCCAAUGUGUGGGUGUAACUUCUCUCGGACCCAAAUCGAAAGGCACGCAGCAUACUGCGAUGGGACAAAGAGACAGCAAGAAAUGGCCGUUUUGAGACCAAGAAAUAAACUGAGAAGAAGCCAUGAUAGUUCAGCAGCUGUUAGCAUUACAUCUUCAGACUCUGGCAAGUGUGAGAAAUGUUAUCUUUGUAAAUUACUGGUGCCACUGAAAGACUAUCAGGCCCAUGUGGACAACUGUUUGCAGACUGCUAUGCUAGAAACCCAGGGGAGCCAGAGACUCCGAAGCGUCAAGGAAUAUCCAGAGCGUAAUUGCAGGCUCCUGAGCAUGCUGGAGCAUUCAGAAUCCUCCCUGGCAGAAACAAACGGUAAUGCUCCAGAACCCUCCCACCUGAGCCCUCCCAGAGAAGAACAUGGCGCCCAUUUUAGCUCUGAGCAUCUGAACCUCAGCGACUCUCCGAUCAGAUCUUUUGUAGCCAUCUCAGAAGCCACAGAUUGCCUUGUUGACUUCAAGAAGCAGUUUAGCCGUCGGCCUGGCAGCAGAGGAGCCGGCCGCCGGGGGAAGAGACGUAGGAUGUGACCAGCACUACAUGUCAAGUUCAUGACCAAAUGUUGAAAGUCUGUACAGUCUGUAACCCGUAUCUCUGUUUGUUUGUCUGUCUGUAGUUUGUACAGGUAAAGCACAAUACGAACUCUGCACAAGAACGUUUCCACAAAAAGAGCUGAUGUCUUCAUUAUUAUACUUGCCUGUGUAUUUUAGAUUGUGCCUGCAGAUGUAAAUAUAUAAUUUAUGAUUAUAUUUUAUUUCCUUAUGGUCCACAAUGAAGGUUAUAUUUUUUGCUGGAAAGAUACCACUUUACAUAUCAGUCUGGAUAUAACAGAAUAAAGAGUCUU